AUGUUCGAAAAGACCUUGACCGACGUGGUCAAAGGAAUUCGGGCUUCCAAGCGUGACACGGGUCUCUACAUUUCCCAAUGCAUUGCGGAAAUCAAAACAGAAAUAGCCAGUGCCGACAUGUACGUCAAGGCCAACGCCUUGCAAAAGCUAACCUUUCUGCAAAUGAUGGGGUACAGCAUGAACUGGGCCAGUUUCGCCACGAUUGAAGUCAUGAGCAGCGCCAAAUUUGCCCACAAACGCGUCGGCUAUCUUGCCGCCAGUCAGGGAUUUACGCCCGAAACUGACGUUAUUCUACUCACCACUAAUCUGCUCAAGAAAGAACUCCGGGGUGCCACCGGGAACGGCGGCGCUUCCAUGCACGGCGUCUACGAAGCCGGACUCGCCAUUAAUUGCAUUUCCAAUAUCGUCACGGAAGAUCUGGCGCGGGACUUGUUGCCGGAAUUGACCGAUCUUACGUCUCACCCACAGCCCUAUCUGCGCAAAAAAGCCAUCCUGUGUCUGUUCAAAGUCUUUGUCAAGUAUCCGCAAGGUCUUCGUUUGACCUUUGCCAAACUGCAAACGUGCUUGGACGAUUCCAACUCGGCCGUCGUGUCGUGUGCGGUCAACGUCAUUACCGAGCUCUCCGACAAAAAUCCCAAAAACUACCUGCCGUUGGCACCCGCCUUUUUUCAACUCGUCACCUCCUCGAGCAACAAUUGGAUGCUGAUUAAGGUCGUCAAACUACUCGGUAGCUUGGUCCCGGAAGAACCCCGCUUAGCCCGCAAACUACUGGAGCCCUUGGCCAACAUUGUCCGCCGAACACAGGCCAAGUCACUGCUGUACGAAGCUUGUUACACCAUUACGCUGUGUUUGCCCUAUUGUCGCAAGAACGAUGGCACCAUGCCCGCGAUUGUGCCCGAUAUUGUGACCCUGUGUGCCCAAACGCUGCGGAGCUUUGUCGAAGAGCCAGAUCAGAAUUUGAAAUACCUCGGAUUGGUCGGCUUCGGUUCCCUCAUGCAGUCGCAUCCCCGAGUCUUGAGUGCACCAGACUACCGCCCUCUUAUCCUCGCUUGCUUGUCGGAUCAGGAUGUUACUAUCCGUACACGAGCGCUGGAUUUGCUGACGGGUAUGGCCUCGCGCAAAAACUUGCCGGAACUCGUCUCGCAGCUGCUUCAACACGUCGAGCUGGCGUCGGGUACCUACAAACAUGACCUCGUCCGCAAAAUUGUGAUCAUGUGCUCUUCCGAAAAGUACGCCUUGUUGUCCGACUUUGGUUGGUACUUGGACAUUUUGUUUCGGCUUGGUCACAUGCGUGGCGUUGAAAAACACGCCCAGCUUUUGCACGCCCAAAUAGUGGAUGUCGCGCUGCGCGUUUUGCCAAUAAGGGCGUUUGCCGUCAAGCGGUCCAUGGAAAUUUUGUUGGAAGGCGAAGGCAGCGUUUCGGACGACCUGUACGGAGACAACGGCCGCGGUAAGCAUCUCAUGCCCGAAAUUCUGCCCGGUAUUGCGUGGAUUGUUGGUGAAUACUCCAAUCUGAUUCCGGAAGCCGGUAAAGAUGACGACGAUGACGAAGACAUGGAAUUCUUUUACGACGAAGACAGCAAAGGAACAUACCACGCAGUAAUUCAGGCACUGACGACGACCACGAAUAUUUCCAAUCUUCCAACGGUGACGCAAAAAGUGUAUAUACAAGCCGCGAUGAAAGUCUUGGCCGCAGCAACGUCCGAGAAGGACGUAGGUGACGCGGAACUCGAGGCUUGUAUUGCCGCAAUGGAUCGCGCGCUGCCCGUUUAUACACAGAGUGUGGAUGUGGAAGUAAUAGAACGUGCCUUCACUUCACUCGAGUUAUUGCGCUCUCUAGAUUUGAUUACAGACACGUCAAAGGGUUCUAUACCUAGCCUUGCUUCUGUUGAAGACGACUCCGACGAUGAAGCAGUCGAAGGAGAUCUCCUCGGAAUGCUAAGCGGUACGACUAAUUCUGCUGCAGUUGUGCCCACUUUUGUAAAUGCAACCAAUACAACGGUAGCAAUGUCUCUGGCGUCGAAAGCUCGACAGGCAUCAAUGACUCUUAACUAUUUACUCAAACCGAAACCAAUGAAACCGUCAGGCGCUAAGGUACAACGAAAGAAACGGCACGCUCCGAUCGGGGUGACGGUAGACAUUGAUGCACCUGUCAACCUAUCAAUUUUUCAAAAACUGAUCGACGGCGAAAGCAAAUACCGCUCCACGUCUAAUCUGAGAGUCGAGUCUGUGAGCUUUACCCAGCAACGCCCUGCCAAAGUCGAAGAAUCUAAACACUACCAUCCUGAUACACGGCCUCCGGGCAGUUUAUCUGCCUCACAAGAUGCAUCUACAAGUUUCCAAAAUCAGAGGAACGCUGUUGGGGUCCCUAUCAACUCAAAAUCUCGCGAAAGUGAUCCUUUCUAUCUCGAUUCGGCCCCGCAAAGUGGAACAGAAGGAGAACGUGAUUCAUCGGGUCGAUUUGGCACAAUACAGCUGCUGGACAGUGACGACGACGCUGCGAACGAAGGGAAGGUUAGGAAAAAGAAAGUCAAGAAAUCGAAACGAGCCAAAUCCAAGGUUACUGUGGAUGGGUCACUGACAUCCUUCGGAGAACAGCAGAGCUCAUUUUUGGAACCAGUUGUGAAUAUUUACGAAAGCGACAAUAGUGAGAAGGGCAAAGCAACGCUUGCGCCUCGAACUAACUUCAAAAGUCGCGAAUUCGAGGGACUAGCUAUGGUCGAUCUCACCACUCCGUUGCGAGAUGACGAAGUAAUGCCGGAGCGAAAGCAUCACAUCGUUGCGGAUUACUCCGUCGACAAUUCAGCAGCCGUUGCGCCCAAGUCGAAAAAGAAAAGUAAGAAGUCGACAAAGUUGUCCAAAAAGAGAUCAAUCCGUAGUGAAAAUACCGUCGGAGAUCUUCUGGACCUCGGCGGGAUGGAGAGUAUGCCAGUCUCGCAGAAUUCAAACUCCUUUACUCCAGUGGCACCCGUAUCGGAUCCGUCAAGCGCCAUCAAUCCAAUCAAUUCUGCAUUCGAUGACCUCAUGGGCUUUUCUGACCCUACUCCAGCACUACAUAUGACAUCUUUUUUAACCUCGUCUUUGCAAAGCCAUCAUGUCGAAGAAACAUCCUCUUCACUCCCGGCAUCCAGAAAAACGGGAAAGCAACCCUGGAUGCUAGGGAUGCUUAAGGCUUCAGGCAGUGUUGGAUUUACUGGAAUCGACAUCUCUAUGAUCUCGCUAACGUAUCGACUUUACCAAAAUUCCAGUCCUUCUGGCCUUGCAUCAAAGGCUGUACUACGUUUAACCAAUUCUUCCGGCUCUCCUAUCGACAACUUGGUACUGGAGCUGAACGACGGUUCGUCUUUUCCGAUUGGCAGUGCUGCGCCCCGAUCGCACACGGAAUCCAGCAAGGUUGGCCCGUUCAUGUACUCGGCCAUCGACCAAUCUCUUGAAGUGAAAGGAAGUUUGAAAUGCUCGCUCGGUAGUUUGCGAAUGAAACUACUUCUUCCUGCUGCACUUCACCUUGUUGCCGAACAAGGGAUAUCAUUCGAUCAACUCACUCAGGAGCUCCUAUCAUCCCAAUGGUCGACUCACUCCACCAAGUUACCGCUAUCCAAUCGGACGAAUCCCAUUAGAAUUAUGAAAGUAAUCACACAUUUCUUCCAUGCAGCCCAAGUGACUGGGAGUGCGUCGACCCCAGCAACAGAGACGCUUGCGGCACGAUCUACCAAGGGAGCCAAGGUGCGAAUUCUUGUCAAAAUCAAGGAAAACUUCGUCAAGUUGGAUAUAAAAUCGACCGACGACGCUUUGGCGCGCCAUCUCUGUGCCGAUGUGAAGCGCUGUGUUCUAUAGGAUUUGUUUGCAAUGUAUCAGUUCCAUUCAUUGUUGCACGAAUGUAAUUCGAUUUCUUCGCCGCAAAAUUUAAACCAAUGAUAGCUUAC